AAGAAAUCUGUUAAAACCGAGAAAGAAAUGAAGAGAACCAAUAAAAAACAAAGAAAACAGAAAAAAAAAAAGAGAGACAGUGGCGAAACAAAGAAAAGUGAAGAUUAUUCGCAAAAAAACGAAACAAAGGAAACUGAAGGAGACAGAAAAAAGAAACGAAAAUGAAGAAAGACCCGAAGAAAAGCAGAACGAGCGAACGAACUGAGAAAAUAGGCCGCCCCAACUGAGAAAAUGGAGAAAGCCUUUGGCGAGCGUAUCUUACAGCUCGCUAUAAGCGAGAUAUAGCUGCUGUGCAUGCUAGCGGCGGCCCCCUCCUCUCUUCCUGCCGUGGUAGGCCUUGUCUCCGGCCCAUCUCCCAAGCCGCUCGCGCGAGCGAACGAUCAGCUCGCCUCGCCGGGAGCAGGCACGCGACGGGCGUUCGUUCGGUUGGGUCAGCCUCACACCCUUGCCGUGCCCCGCUUCUCCUCCCGCCCGGCGCCGAUGGGAGCACCGCUGCGUGCGUAGCGUAGGUGAGCAACGCAAUACCCGCCGCCUCCCAACCUCACACCUCCGUCGCCGGGCCUAUAAAAUCACGCCCUCCGGCAGCAGCACCACCACCACACCGCGCCACAAACCACACACGCACACACGAACGCUCAAGCUAGCAGCGCGCGCACCGAGCCGGCGACGCGACGACGAUGGAGGUGACCACGGCCCCGCUGCCGCAGCCGCGCGCCCUGGCGGCCCUCCUCGUCCUGGUGCUUCUCAUCACGCUGGGCGGCGCGGCGGAGGCGCAGCCGCCGCUGGGCACCUGCGGCGCGCAGCUGAGCCAGCUGGCCCCGUGCGCGCGGUACAGCGUGCCGCCGCUGCCGGGGCAGGCGCUCCCGGCGCCCGGGCCGGAGUGCUGCUCCGCUCUGGGGUCCGUGUCCCGCGACUGCGCCUGCGGCGCCAUCGACAUCAUCAACAGCCUCCCCGCCAAGUGCGGCCUCCCGCGCGUCUCCUGCCGGUGAUCGCUCGCUACCUGGCUCCAUGCAAGAAGAGGAAGAACUGAAGAAGACGAUGAUGAAUAAGAGCUCGAUGGUCGGAGCAACCAUCUUGAGUAGUAGUAGCAGUGCCUAGUAGCUGUCCGGUUCGUCUAGAUCGAUCCCCUGUGGCCAUUAGAGGCUCUCAUGUCUGUUGGCAUCUGUUAAAGGUCAGAUUUAAUAAUAAUGGAACCAAUUUGCACCGA